AUGAACACGAUGAUGGCGAUGCCGAUGGAAUUGCAGCUGCAACUGCACCAACAAAUGCUCUUCCGUCAACAGCAAAUUGCUCUUCGAAGACACCGACCAGAAGACAUACCGAAUCCGAAUACGUGGUCAAUACCCACCCCCGGUGGAGGACCUCCUCUACCACCUGAGGUGAAGGUUGAGCUGCAGAAUCGAGAGUUGUGGCGGCAAUUCCACGCUGAAACAACGGAAAUGAUAAUCACGAAAUUGGGCCGACGGAUGUUCCCGUCUAUACAGCUGACUGUCAGUGGAUUAGAGCGUCGUGCUCGUUAUUGCGUUCUCCUCGAAGUGGAGCCGGCGUCCGAUCGUCGACACAAGUAUGUCGGCGGCGGCGGCGGUUCUGGCGUCGAGGAUGGCUGUGGGAACGCAAGAGGAUGGACAUCGGCUGGUCCAGCGGAGCCUCAGCCACGGAUCGAUCGGAGAAUUUACCUGCAUCCGGACAGCCCAGCGACCGGUGCACACUGGAUGCAACAUCCCCUUAACUUCAACAAGCUGAAGUUGACCAACAACGCUGUUGAUCCCAGAACCAAUGUGGUCCUAACAUCCAUGCAUAAGUACAUUCCGCGUAUCUGGAUCAUUCGUUGCGACGAUGUGACGAGAUUGAGCGAUUUAUAUUCUCAUCCAGCCUCGUCGUUCAAGUUCAAAGAAACGGAAUUCAUUGCUGUUACUGCUUAUCAGAACGAGAACAUUACCAAACUGAAAAUCAACAACAAUCCGUUCGCGAAGGGGUUCCGUGAGACGGGCCAAUCACGUUGCAAAAGGAAGUUCCAGCAAACGGAAGGUGAGACAUCGUGCCGAAUAGAGGACGAGGAAGGGAAUGUUUCGUCUGAAUCCGAAUCGACCAGGUCGAAUCAUCUGGAGGUUGUGGCUCAGAGGCCGAAGACUGCGUCCAGCGAGACCGGAAGUCUCGACGACAGCGGUGUCAGCAGUUGCGGGGGUAUCAGUCCACCUUUGCCCUCCAUCGUCCAUCAAAAUUCGCCAUCCAGGGACGUCGAUCGCGACGCACAGCCACGAUUGCACAGACCGUGGGUCGAUUCGACGCCGCAAUUCUCGUCGACCACCUCGUCCUCGAGUUUAUCGCCCAGAUACGAGGACCUUCUGAACCUGCCCGCGAAUUACUUCCGGUUGCUUCAUCCAGCGAUGCAACAGGACUUGAUUAGGUUACAGUAUCAAUCGAUGCCGCAAUUUUCGAAAUAUUAUUAA